AUGUCUGUUCCUUAUCAUAUUUGGGGGCAUGCUGUUCUUUCUGCUGCCUAUUUGAUUAAUCGUACUCCUAACUGGGUUCUUGAAUUCAAGACUCCGCAUGACGUGUUUAGUGACCAUGUUUCCCCUGUCUCUAAGUUGCCCUCUAAAAAGGGUUGUAAGCGCUAUCAUCCACCUACCCAGAACAUGCAUGUUACUUUGGAUGUGAACUUUCUUUUAGAAGUGCCCUAUUAUGUCUCUCCCUCUUCUCCAAUUCAAAGACAGAUGGGAAGUGAAUUGGAGAUACUUGAAUUGGAGAAUGAUGUGUUUGAAGAUACUGCUCUUGAGAAGGAAAUGCCCGGUAGCACUGAAGCAAGUGAUUGGUCGUCCAUAUAUGAAAAUGAAACAUGUGGUCUCUGUGAAGAAACGACCGAUCACCCUUUGAAACUCGAUCGGUCGCCCAUAUAUAAGGAUGAAGCAAGUGCUCUCAGUGUUGAAAUGAUCGGUCACAUUGAAGUAAGCGACCAGUCGCCUGUAUAUGAAAAUAAUGACAGUGAUUCUUGUAUGAGGGAAGAAUGCAGAUGGGUGUUUGCUUUGAAGCAUAAGGCUCAGACUUAUGGAGUUGAUUAUUUGGAGACCUUUGCUCCAGUGGCAAAACUCAAUACUGUGCGUGUACUAUUGGCCCUGGUUGCUAACCAUGACUAG